AUGACUUCCAGAUCGACCAGAAUCAGUGUUUCGUCGUCACGUAGCCAGCUUCAUCUUCCAGCGUCGCCUGCACCUGCGAGCUCAAGCAAUGCCGGCUACUCACAGUACAGUUCCUACGAAUAUUCGACUCGCCCUCGUACCGCCAUGUCGACUAUCGGAGUUGAGUCACAACAAAUCAUCUGCGCCAUCAGCGAAUCUCGCGGUAUAGCCCCCACUGUCGGUCUUGCCUUCGUCAACUUGGACAUGGGCGAGGCUGUCCUCAGUCAGAUUCCCGAUAGCCAAUCCUAUGUUCGCACUCUGCACAAGUUGGCAGUCUUUAGCCCUUCUAAAAUCUUGAUCCUGGACACAGCCGCGAAAACAAAGUCCAAGUUGUUCUGCCUCAUCGAGGAGAAUCUAGACGACUUGAACAGCAACUUGAUCCUCCUGGAUCGUCGCUAUUGGGCAGAAACUACCGGUGUUGAGUUUAUCGAGCAACUUGGCUUCGUUCAAGAUGUGGACAGUAUCAAAAUGUCUGUCGAUGGCAACUACUUUUCCGUGUGCUGCUUUGCCGCAGCAAUGAAGUUCAUCGAGCUUGCACUGAACAAGACCUUUCCGCCACACUCCUUGAGAAUCAGGUAUGAAGCAUCAGAAGGUUCCAUGAUGACCGACCUCUCCACCAUCCGCUCUCUUGAGUUGAUUCAAAAUCUUCAAAACCAAAAGUCACGCGACUGCCUCUUCGGCGUUCUCAAUGAGACUUUGACACCUAUGGGGUCACGACUUCUGCGAAGCAACGUUCUACAACCACUCACUGACCAACAAACAUUGGAUACUCGCUAUGAUGCUCUCGAAGAACUCUCGACCAAGGAAGACAUGUUCUUUGCUACAAGAGCAGCAUUGAAGACGAUUCUUGAUGCAGACAAGAUUUUGACGCAUUUAAUCAUUAUCCCGACCAAGCCGUCGUUGCAAUCUACUGAGCAAAGCAUCAAUCACAUUAUCAUGCUCAAGCAAUUCGUUGUCAGUAUUCAGCCUGUCUACGAAGCUCUGACCGGGGCCAAAAGUGUCAUGCUGAAAGAGAUUCGACGUAACUGCACUCCUAGUAGCAUCGAUCCUAUCAAGGAACUUAUCGACGAGUUUGUCAACGAGGAUAUCACUUAUGCGAAACAACCACUCGAGUUGCGAAAUCAAAGAACAUAUGCAGUCAAGUCUGGCGUCAACGGCUUGCUUGAUGUUGCUAGACAAACUUAUAAGGAGGCCAACAUUGACGUGCAUGAUCUCGUUGAUGAAUUACAAGAAACUCACAAACUUCAAUUGGAUCUGAAAUACGACAGUGCCAGACAAUACUACCUCAGCCUCAAUGCUUCGGAGCUCGAAGACCGAAACCUGCCAUCAGUAUUCAUCAAUGUCAUUCGCAAGAAUAACAAGGUUGAAUGCUCGACUCUAGAUUUGCGAAAGCGCAGCCAGAAGAUCUCCGACUCGCAUACCGAAGUAUUGCUAAUGAGCGACAAAGCCAUACAAGAAUUGAUCGGCGAGAUUCGCGUGUACAUGUCGGUGCUCUUCAAGGUCUCGGAGAGUAUCGCAAUGUUGGACGUGCUUUCGUCGUUCGCUCACAACGUCACCCUACACGACUACAUUCGUCCUCGCAUCACGCAAACUCUCGGUAUCAAAGCUGGCCGCCAUCCUAUCAAGGAGAAAGUGCAGAAUACCCCUUUCAUUCCAAAUGAUGUGUUUGCUACUCAGCAAUCCCGCUUCCAAAUCAUUACAGGAUGUAACAUGAGCGGAAAGAGCACUUACAUACGUUCAAUCGCUUUGUUAUCUGUGAUGGCUCAGAUCGGUUGUUUUGUGCCAGCAGAAUUCGCCGCAUUCCCAAUCAUCAAGCAGCUCUUUGCAAGAAUUUCUAUCGAUGACAGCAUUGAGGCCAAUGUAUCAACGUUCGCUGCAGAGAUGAGAGAAACAGCCUUCAUCUUGAGGAACAUUGACAAGAAUAGUUUGGUGAUCAUUGACGAGCUAGGUCGAGGAACAAGUCCACGAGAUGGACUCGCUAUAGCUCUUGCGAUUGCAGAGGCUUUGGUGGAGAGCCGGGCGCUAGUCUGGUUCGCAACACAUUUUCGAGAUCUGGCAAAAAUUCUUGCAGAACGCAAUGGAGUAGUCAACAAGCAUUUGGCAGUGGACAUGUCUGACGCCGACAAGAUGGCCAUGUUGUACAAACUCACGGAUGGCGUUGUUUCUGAGGAACACUAUGGCCUUCAGCUGGCAAAAGUUAUGCCACUGCCUCCCGAUGUGAUCGAGUACGCUACUCAAGUUGCAGAAAAGCUACAUGAGCAGGUUGAGAGAAGAAAGAAAGCUUCCAAAGCCGUCAUCGUGGGCAGGAAGAGAAAGCUCAUCCUCGGCCUGAGGGAAGAACUCGUGCAUGCUUGCAACGGUGCAAUGGAGGGACCAGUACUUCAGAGCUGGCUACAAGAACUCCAGCGCGAGUUUGGAGUACGAAUGACUGCUAUUGAAAGGGAAGCAGAUGAAGCAGAUCUCGAGAGCCUUGCGAUGGAUGAUGACAUGGCAGACUUUGAGGCCGUGACCGAUGAUGCUGCAUCGGUGAGUCGUCGUGAUGGUUACGAGGCGACUGGUAGUGAGGAGAUGAGCACACAGUAUGCCGAGUCGACUAUCGAAGAUGACAAUAAUAUCGCGGAUAAGUACUAG